AUGAAUCUCGUUCGCAGGUACUACAGCUAUUAUUCCUAUGAGAAUACGAACUACUGGAACCAAGAAGAACAGCUAUCUUAUCAUGACAUUGUCAACCAAAAACUGUAUUUUGUACAAGUCGCGUUCGACUGUCUCAUCCUGCUGGUCUUACUCAAAUUCGCCGUUUGGGCAUGCACAAUUCGACCUGCGAUUAGCCCACUAAGGGGCACGAUUGCUGCUCUAGUGAUAUGGCUGAUGGCGCAAACACUCGAAGUGGUCGUCGAUAUCCUCUACCUCGCCAAUGCCACCGUCAAAGAAACCUAUCACAUCGCCUACAUCCUCAGUUACUUAUUCUCCGUGGUUGGAUACUGUCUCGUGUUUAUGGUCUUUUACACAAUCAUCCAUAAGCUCUUGGAUCGUCUCACUGAUUCAGGGAGACCAUAUGCGGUCUUGAGCGCCUUCCAUUGGGUUGUGCUGGCCGUCGUCACAGUAGUUUCUCUUGCCGAUUUCGGUGUAUACACUGCUUUGAUUGUUAAGGAGGUUGAGGAAACUUAUACUGUGAAGUUGUUAAAAGAUUCCAACAAGAUUUAUACCGCUCGCACCAUUGUCUACUUCAUCGUGUCAUUGGAAAUUUUUGCUUGGGGUAUCUAUGUCGCGUUGAAGGCUGGGGCUCAUCGCUUUACUUCCAAGAUGCCCAUAUUUGCCGUCAUUACUGGUAGUCUUUGCUGGUUCGGCUACACCUUGAUGUUUGCCAUCAUUGCAAUGAAGUACUACCUCGGCAACCCAUUUUAUAUCGAUGUUCCUGUUUACCUGGCUGUUGUGCAGGAUGUCCUCCAAUUUGUAUUUGUCAUUGGAAUCUUCAUUGGUAUUCUACUGAGUCUGGUAAACUGGUAUAAACUUGAUGGGGGCUCGGACCACAACAAGCCUGCUACUUCGGUGCAAUACCCUUACAACUCUGCGGCACCUGGUCCUUAUCCCCCGCAUCUUUUCCAACAGCAGCAGUACGGGCCAUAG